AUGUGGAAGCCCCUGCGCACGCCGCUCGCCGCGUUCAUUUGCGCCGCCCGUUUCUACGGCUCAACGCCGCCGUCGUCGUCUUCGUCGUCGACGUCGACGUUAGCGGGCGCAGCGGCGGGCCGUCACUUCAGAACUCCGGCGAGUGCCGGCGGCGGCGCGGGGAACGGCGCAAAGCAGCGACAGGCAAACCCGUACAAGUCAUGGGAGCACCUGAACCACAAGUGGCUCAUUAUGAUGUGCAUUGGCUGCCUUGCGGGGGGACUUGCGGCAGGUCAGGUGGUGGACGUGGACGAGAAUGCGCUGCGACCGCCGUUUUCCAAGGCGUCUGUGCUUGCAGACAUCGACAAGACCUUUGAGUUCCGACCCGAUUUGGCCGCGACAAGCAUCCGUGUGGCCUUUCUCCUUGCCGCCCGCCGUGCGGGGUUUGCCACAGACAACAUUGACGAGUCGUGCGCCGUCGUCAGCGGCCUGGAGGACAUCGCGGGGGUGCUGCGCCAACUUGCGACGGUGCACAGACUUUCGACGGAGGACGCCGCCUCGCUCUUGGCGGUGGCGGGUGUGAAGUUUUUAAAGGGGCCCGCCGACGCGAUUGAGAGCGGCUGGCGGUGGGGACGCAACGACACGGAAGCCGCGGCCCCGCGGAAGAAGCAGCUUGCCGACGGCGACUCCGGCUGCAUUGCGGUCCCGACGAUCAUUGCGGGGCUCGGCGGCCUCACGGCGGAGGAGUGCGUCGCCCUCAUGGCGUGCCACAGCGUGGGGGAGUUCCACGAGCACGUAAGCGGGCUCGAUGACGUGUCGCACAUCGGCCGCCGGUACAGACUCAGCAACGAGUACUACAAAUUUCUUUUAGCGAAUGAAAAGCGCUUCUUUGAGCUGGAGGUGCCCCGAACGGAAGAGAACAAGGCCAUCCAGCGUCUGCCAAAGGACUUUGUCUGUGUCUACGCACAGGUGGAAAAGAAGAAGAAGAAGCGGCAGUGCGUCUUUAACCGGCGCGAGGUGGAGGCUUUGCUACACAACAAAACUUGGCGGGAGCUGACUGAGAAGUACGCGGCGGAUGAGGCGGCGUGGGCUGCGGCGUUUCAGUCGGCCUUCACCAAAAUGAUCGAGAGCCACUUUAAGCGUCUGCGAACGUACAACGCGCCUUCGGCAUAG